GCAAGUACAUCCCCAGCCGGCAAGAAAAGCAAAGCGAGCGCAGCAGCAAUGUGGAAAGCGCUUCCGGUGACGAACCGGAAGAAAUAAUCACUGGACUUGUUCAGCUCAUUAACGCUAGCUUGGAUGAGUUAAGAGUCGCUGUGACAAGAAAACAAAACUGAGCUGAAAAAGAAGAAAAGCCACUCCAUUGGCGAGGAAGUCAACUUUCAAAGUUACUGAGGUUGACCAACUUUACCAAGAACAGAAAAAAUAAAUGAAUUGAGAAUGACUGCGAGUGGAGGAGUUGCAGCGCUUUUAUUUAGAAAGUUAGUGGAUAGAACUGGUCAUUUUAUGUUGAAAGGAACAUGCGCAAACAAAUGAGUGAACGCCAGAAAGUGCCUUUUUAUUUUUAAAGGAACAGCUGAACGUAUGCAUUGAAUAUUGUGAAAACAACAUGCGUGAGUGAAUCAAUAGUUUUAUCUUGAGAGGAACACGUGGUCAAUGGUGGGAAAGAUAUGAAGGUGGACGCUAACGAUGCUAGCAGGUAUAGCAUGUGAGCCACACUACGGCAGCAGGGGGCGCCAGAGAACAAACAGACAGGUAUAAGGUCAUGAGUUAGCUUUCUGCUUUGAUUGACAGGUCUCCUCAACGCUCAUCCCCGCCCACGUGACGUAAUCAGUGGACUGACCGGUUCUGAAAUGGAAACAAGAUGGCAGAAGUGGCUGCACUUGAUCUGUUUACGGAGCAGGAACUCACCUGCUCUAUCUGUCUGGACCUCUUCACGGACCCGGUCUCCACACCGUGCGGCCACAACUUCUGCCAGGCGUGUAUCGGCGGCUACUGGGCGUCGACGCCGACGUGCACGUGUCCGCUGUGCAAACACGCGUUUGACGAGCGCCCUCAACUGAGCAUCAACAAAGUUUUUGCCGUCAUCACUGAGAAUUACAAAGUUUCUCGCUACGGCGCGGGCGCGUCCAGUGCGCCGGCCAACGCCGGCAACCCGUUUGAGAUGGCGCCCGACGAGGACGCGGUUUGGUGCGACGUGUGCACGGGCGUGAAGCGGCCGGCCGUCAGCUCGUGCCUGACGUGCACGGCGGCGUACUGCGAUGAACACGUCCAACCACAUCACAACACGCCGUUCUACGCCAAACAUCCUCUCAUGGACCCGCAGCAGGCGCUCCGGGGACGCACCUGCGCUCUACACCGCCGCCUACUGGAGGUGUUCUGUCGGACGUGUCAGCAUUGCAUUUGUGCCAUCUGUGUGCUGGAGGACCACAGAACUCACAAGACCGUGUCAGUCCAGACAGAACGACUCAGCAAACAGAAGCACGUGGCGAGGACAGAGCAGGAGAUCUUGAACCGGAUGAAGGACAAGGAGAUGAUCCUGGCCGAGCUGAACAGGAAGCUGGACGGCGUCAAGACUUACGGCGAGCGAGAGCGCAGCGAAGUGGAAACACUGCUGGACGACGCGACCGCUUCGCUGGCCCGCCUGCGUGCCCAGGUGGUGGGCGGAGUCCAGCAGCAGAUGGGAGCGGUCCUGUCACGCGGGGAGGGGCAAGCGAGCCUCCUGGAGGCGGAGCUCGCGCAGUUGACGGACAGACGGGCGCAGCUGGAGGCGCAGGCCGUCAGUCAAGACCACAUCGGGUUCCUGCAGAGCUUUUCGGAGGCGACGUUGCCGCCGGGCUCGGAUCAGCCCGUCAACGUGGACGACCUGGACCUGGACCUCCGCUUCCGCCUGGGCGGUGUCAAGGCGGCGCUGGCCGAGGUUCGGGACAAGCUGGAGGACGCCAGGUCGGGCGGCGGCGGCGGCGCCAGGGGGUCCGUGGCUUCCGUGUCGUCGGGUGACCAGAUGAUGAUGGCGGAGAGCAUGCUCAGCCUGGCAGGAAGUAGCAGCAGCCUGAGGAGGAGCCAAUGGGCGCUCAGAGACCUGAAGAAGUUGAAGCCGGUGUCAGGUCACAAGAAGGCUCGCGUGUACAUGGAGGACGUGACCUUGAACCCGGUGACGGCGUACCCCUUCCUUAUCCUCUCGGACGACAGGAAGCAGGUCAAGCGCGGCGAAAAGCUGCAGUUUUAUCGCAACAGUCAGCAGCGAUUCGACGUGUGGUCGUGUGUCAGCGGCAAGGACGGCUACGCCGCCGGACGGCACUACUGGGAGGUGCUGGUGGGCGAGAACAAGGACUGGAAGUUGGGCGUGGCGAGCGAGUCGGCGCAGAGGAAGGGUCUCUUCGACAUGAGCCCCGCUAGUGGAUAUUUCGCCCUCUGGUGGAGCGGCAGCCAACUGCGAGCGCUCACCGCCCCGCCGCUCACCAAGGUGAAGGCUCCGCCCAAGCUACGUCAGGUGGGCGUGUUCCUCGACGUGGAGGCGGGCCAAGUGUCGUUCUACAACGUCAAGUCGGGUUCCGAGAUGUUCGGCUUCCGCUGCGGCGAGUUCACCGAGCAGAUGUUCCCGCUGCUCGGCACGGGAGACAAAGAGGUGCCCCUCGUCAUCCUCGCCUGACGCCGAUAAAACUCCACCGACGGCAGCUGCGACCGCAAGUCUCGUGUUCACGAUCAUCCCCGGCGCGCUGGACAAAGCGGACCGAGCUCGUUCCCGUAAAUGUCCGCUGAAAAUCCCGAUUCUGCGCUCGCGAUCGUUCCAGUCCUGAGAUAGUCGCGUCAUGAAAUGAAAAGUCGUUUAAUAACGUCUUUGCUCUCCCAUAAUUGCAACGUACCAGAUGAAUGCCAACUGUUCAACUAAUAAAUACAUUGGAAUCACAA